AAAGAAUAAUUUAGUAUAAAUCAGAGAAUAAUAGGAGUCCGAUAUCAUGGACUACCGUCAAGUGCCUCCGGUUAUGGAGGAUACUCCUCAGAAGCCAAAGCACGCGUCACAUUCUUUCCCCCCUGGUGCAAAUGCACCAGUUGAUCAUCAUCUGGGUGAUGAAAGCACUUCAUCAGUCGACACAAAAAAUGUAUCAAUGGAGAUACCGGAUGAGAAAUCAAUUCCCGCGCAUCAUAUCUUGACACCAUUGAAAGAAAAUGUCGCCAUUUUGUGUGAAAAUAGUCCGUCGAUGGACUUGUUAAUUCGUCGCAUGAAUCGCCUAGGAUUGAAGACUCCAGUUGACGCGAUUAAAUCCAGGAGAUCUGGUCUUCUGCUCAACAAGACUAUUGGGACUCAAGAUGUUGUCCAGCAAGAAUCCACUCAUCAAACUCUCAGAAGGACUUUAUUUGAUGAAUCAGUCUCUGAGGAAAAAUCUCAGUCACCAAUAGAAAUUGAAAAUGAUUUGCUAAGUAUUGUUCUUGAGCGAACUCAUAGUCAUUGCAAGCGAUUAUCUGAUCAGUUUUCUUUUUCAGAAUCAUUUUUACCAACAGAUUUAAUUCCCUGGGAUUCCUCGACAGGACAUGAGACCAGUGAGAUGAUGCCUGAGGAUCAGGAUGUUAAUAGUUUACUUGAGAUUGAUUCAAAAGCCGACAAAGAGGCAAAAAAUUCUCAGGUUAAAAUCGGAGUAGAUAAAUUUGAUGUUGAUGAAGGUAAAGAUGUUGAAGAAUACAAGAUGACAAGCACAUCAGACGAAUCAGCGUCAGCUCAACUCCAGUGUCUUCAAUUAGCAGAAAAUCAUCAGCUUAAUGAAAGUUUCAUCUAUGUAUCUCAAGUAUUUUUGUGUUUACAGCUCUCAAACAAGCAUGCUGCAAAAAAGCAAGCAACCUGCGGUCAAGAAUCUCAAGCUGAGAAAGUUGAGCACCCGUCCAAAGACAACAUGGGAGAAGAUAUAUUACAAAAAGCCAUAGACGAGAAAAUGGGGGCUUUGUUGAAGAAAGAACAACUGACCUUGGUUCGAAAUAGCUUUUUGAAAAGUUUUCAUAAUGAGUGUGCUAAAAUAACUGAUGCAUGGGAUGAAAAGUCUCAAAAUUUAUCAUCUGAAGCUGAAAAAACAGUCAACGAGCCGGCGAUGGAUUCUGACGAUAAAAUAAAAGUCCAGAGUAACUUGGUGGAGCAAGAUUCUGCUGCUAAGAAAGAAAUAAAAGUUCAGGAGGACUUUAGAAAAGAACAUUCAACUUCCUUUUCUCUAAUGAGCUUUGAAAGUCCUGGAACCUCGUCAAAAAUAAGCUCUGGAGAGAUCAAAGAUUUACAAUGCAUGUCAUCGAGGUCCAGUUGUUCAGACGAAUCGAUGGCUUGUGAUCCCAAGUCUGAUCAUUCAGAAAUCUCCAGUGUCUCAGUCAACUUGGAAAGUCCAAAGUCUUUGAAGAGCAAAGAUUACUCGUCUAUGUCAUCUUUACAAUCGAGCAUUUCCAACGAGUCAGUAGCUGGAACAGUUGCAUCUGAAGCUCGAGACAAUUCUAGUCUUCUGGAAGACAUCGGAAGUCCAGCGCGGCCAAAAAGUUUGAUUGACAGCAAAAAUGCAUCUUGUUUAUCUCACUCGCAAUUAAGUGACUCCAAUUUAAGUAAAUCUGUUUCUAAUUUAUAUAGUUCAAGCAAUGACGCCAUUCUAGGGUCUAGCAAUGGUCCAGAGUUGUCAGAAUUGGCUUCAGUAAUGGAAUAUGAUCGCAGCAGGCAAUCAAGAACUUCUCCGAGCUGCUUUGACGAGUCUUUUGCUCAAUCUCAUCAUCCAGACACUCCAACCACUGAAUUCAAUCAAUUUUCUCCAUCAAAAAUUUUUGAGCAGUUUCAUACCAAGUCUCGUAGCAUCUCACUCAAUAGACGUUACAUCAAUAUUUUCACAACCGAGGAGCAAGAUUAUUCCAACAUUGAGCCGAGAAAUCUCAAUACCCUGGAGGAAGAAAGCCCGAGUCAAUGUUCAACAGAGCGGCCUUUUACAUACGAUGAUUACAAGAAAAUAAAUUAUAAUCCUGGAAGACUGUUGAGUGUCGAAGAUGACGAAGACAAGGAUUCAUCAAGCAUGAUUGUUGAAGUAAAUUCUAGCCCGGCCAGUAUCAAUGAUCCCACCGAAGAUUUUAGUAUGCUUAAUCAAAUAGCUGAGUUAGACGGCUCUAUGACUGGAUUUGUUAAAACCGAGGGAGAAAUGUAUGACUCUGCAGAACUCUCGAGUCAAAUGGCGGCUGUUGUGGCUAAUCGUAGAUUAGAAAAGUCUACUAAGUCAGAGAUUAAGGCCGUUUCUAUUGAAAAUAAAAAAGAAACUGUUGAAAGCUCUUUUGCUGAGUCAGUCGAUAUUCAAGGUGAAUCAGAAGAUAUACUAAAUACAACCAUCGAGCUGAAUGAUUCCGUGGAAUGCCUCGACGAAAUACCAGCUGCUGAUGCCGAAAUACUUACAGGCACAGAGAAAUUUAAUUCAACUAUCCAGUUAGACAAUACACAAGAAAUCGAAGAUUUUUUAAUAGACACUUCUGCCAUGCCCGCUUCCGGAUCUGAGUCGAUGAAUAACACGACUUUCUACGAUGCGAUGGAGUCGUUAAACUCUUCGUCAAUCGAGGAAACACCUUGUGUAUCUAAGUCAGUUGAAACUAUCAAGUCUCCAAUGACCCCAAAGUUCAAGAAAAAGUCCGAAAGUUUGUUCCGAAAAGUGAUGGAAAAAACACCGUUUUUAAAGUCAAAGCCCAUUGCGUCCUCAAGUAAAGUUGAAGAUUUGAGCGGUAGUUCCAUUGUAACCGAGGAAGAACACUCGAGAAAGAGCAAACGUGUAAGAGAUGAGCGACAAGUGCCAGAUGUGCUAAGUCCACCCUCUCAUAGACUGACAGUAACAGAGAUCUUCGAUGCAGAGUCAGGAAUGCCUCGACCAGAUGUCCUCAUGAACCACUUCAUUCUGGAAGGUAGAAUCGACGAAGCAGCAGCAUUGCGAAUAAUCAACAAUGGCGCUGCUCUUCUACGAUCCGAGAAAACCAUGAUUAAAGUUGAGGCUCCAGUUACUAUUUGUGGUGAUAUUCAUGGACAAUUAUACGAUCUAGUAAAAUUAUUCAAGGUUGGAGGUGACCCCUCAACUAUAAACUACCUCUUCUUAGGCGACUACGUAGAUAGGGGGUACUUCGGUAUUGAGUGCGUAUUGUAUCUGUGGGCACUGAAGUUGUGCUAUCCAACCAAACUGUUCCUACUCAGAGGCAAUCAUGAGUGCCGACAUCUCACUGAAUAUUUCACAUUCAAACAAGAAUGCAAUAUAAAAUACUCGGAGCAGGUAUACAAUGCGUGUAUGGACGCAUUCGAUUGUUUACCACUAGCAGCCCUGGUAAAUAAUCAGUUUCUGUGCGUUCACGGCGGCCUAUCACCACAAAUCCAUGACUUAGAAGACAUCCAAAAGUUGGACAGGUUCAGAGAGCCACCAGCUUAUGGUCCAAUGUGUGACUUACUUUGGUCAGAUCCACUCGAAAACUUUGGUGAUGAAAAGCACUCGGAACACUUUACACAUAAUAGCGUUCGAGGUUGUUCGUUUUUCUACAGCUAUGCAGCGUGUUGUAAUUUUCUGGAAACCAACAGUCUUUUAAGUGUCAUAAGGGCGCACGAAGCACAGGAUUCUGGUUAUCGUAUGUAUCGUAAAGGCCAGAAGACAGGCUUCCCAGUGCUCAUAACCAUCUUUAGUGCACCCAACUACCUCGAUGUCUACAAGAAUAAGGGGGCCGUGCUCAAUUACCUGAACGGCGUACUGAAUGUCAGACAAUUCAAUUGCUCGCCACAUCCAUACUGGCUGCCAAAUUUUAUGGAUGUGUUUACCUGGUCCCUGCCAUUCGUUGGUGAAAAAGUUACUGAUAUGCUAGUUAGUGUAUUGAACAUUUGCACUGAUGACGAGCUCAUGAGUGACGGAGACGCCUCCCUUGAAGAAGGCGCAGCUGCAAAUUUACGCAAGGAAGUUAUCAGAAACAAGAUCAGGGCGAUUGCAAAAAUGGCACGAACAUUUUCUGUCCUCAGAGAAGAGAGUGAGACUGUCUUGGAGUUGAAAGGACUUACGCCCACGGGUUUCCUUCCUUUGGGAGCAUUGUCCGGUGGCAAGAUGUCUCUGAAAAACACGCUCAAAAGUUACAAAAACCUAUCGUUCGACGAAGUCAAGCGUCUGGAUGCUAUUAACGAGCGGAUGCCGCCGCAAAAGGACGCACCACCUAUGUCAGUGGAUGAGGAAAAGCUUGCCGCUGCGGCUACUGAAGAGAAACAAGAAUAAUAAUCAUCUUGCUUGAGGUAAAAACUAUGAGUUUUAAAUUCUGGACUCCUCAAAACAUCAUCUAUGCUGUUAGAUUAAGUCAAAUCCGAUAUUACCCAGAAUAAACACUGAAAAAUAAAAAUCUAAAAAUGAAACUAAAUGGAAAUAAUAUUA